GAUCACCCCAAGUAAAGUAAAGAAUUAUUGCCCGAUCAGCCUAGCUCCACCCCCCACACCGCACCUACCGCACAGUGCAACCCCUCCGUCCCGCCUGUCUAUAAAUACGCAAUACCCCCCUUGCCUCUCUCCCUCCCCCUCCUCCUAGCUUCAUUCCCUCCUCGCUCCAGCCAUCGGAUCGAUCGUCGCAGCAGCAGCAAUGGCGCCAUUUGCGACGCCGAUGAGGUUGGCGUCCCUGCAGCUCUCUGCCCUCCUCUGCAUCCUCCUCUGCUCAGAGGUCUGGGUGCUGCAAUGCGGCGCGGCGAUCGGCAUCAACUACGGGCAGGUGGGCAACAACCUGCCGACGCCGGCGCAGGUGGUGUCGCUGCUGUCGUCGCUGCGGGUCGGCAAGGUGCGCAUCUACGACGUCAACCCACAGGUGCUGGCGGCGUUCGCCGGCACGGGCAUCGAGCUCAUCGUCACCGUGCCCAACGACCUGGUGCAGCCCAUGGCCGCCAACGCUGGCCAGGCCAUGCAGUGGGCCACCGCCAAUAUCAAGCCCUACUUCCCGGCCACGCGCGUCACUGGCAUCGCCGUCGGGAACGAGGUGUUCACCGACGACGACGAGGCGCUCAAGGCCAGCCUCGUCCCGGCGAUGCGCAACCUGCACGCCGCGCUGGCCCAGCUGGGCAUGGACGGGUACGUGCACGUCUCCACGGCCAGCUCCCUCGGCGUGCUGGCCAACUCGUACCCGCCGUCGCAGGGCGCCUUCACGCCGGAGUGCGCCCCCCUCAUGCUCCCCUUCCUCCGCUUCCUCGCCGAGACCAACGCCCCCUUCUGGAUCAACGCCUACCCAUACUUCGCCUACAAGGCCGACCCCGCAAACGUGUCCCUGUCCUACGCGCUGUCGGACCCGUACCACGUCGGCGCGGUGGACCCCUACACCCACCUCCAGUACACGAGCAUGCUGUACGCGCAGGUGGACGCGGUGACCUUCGCGGCGGCGCGGCUGGGCUACGGCGGCAUCCCGGUGUUCGUGUCGGAGACGGGGUGGCCGUCCAAGGGCGACGCCGACGAGGUGGGCGCCACCGUGGAGAACGCCCGCGCGUACAACCGGAACCUGCUGGUGCGGCAGGUGGGCAACGAGGGCACGCCGCUGCGGCCCCGCCAGCGCCUGGAGGUCUACCUCUUCGCGCUCUUCAACGAGGACAUGAAGCCCGGCCCCACCUCCGAGAGGAACUACGGCCUCUACCAGCCCGACGGCCGGAUGGUCUACAACGUCGGCCUCGCCCAGCAGCAGACCACGUCGGCGGCGUCCCUUUCCCUCGCCGCCUCCUCCGCGCCUCCCACCAGGGAGGCAAAAGGAAAGCAUGCAUGUUGUAGGCCAGAGAAAAAGCUUCUCUUUGCGAUGUGGAAGGCACUACCUCUGCCGUCGUGGGGUGUGGUGGGCUUGUGGACGGCACAGCGUGUAAAUAUUGCGAGGCAAAGGUCCCGUUUUGUGACGCGCGCACACAUGGGAUCCCGGGAGAUAUGCGGGGAAGAUGGAGGGAAAGGGUGGCCGAUGCUCGCGGGAUUCGCUUUUCGGCGCCGAGGCUGCUUUAUGCCCCCUUUGUGCCAUGUCAAGCUGCGGUGGUGUGAGGCUCGUGCUCGUGUAUAUAUAUGGUUUAUGAUCCGAUUAUUAUUAUUAUCAUCAUUAUAUAUUCUUUUAUUUGUUCUAGGCUCGGACUCCCUGCGGCUGGUGAUGAUCAGUUGGUAUGCGGGGUCUGGGCGUUGAUGUAAAUAACUGCAAAAUUUAUCAGAGUAUAUUAUGAUUCUCGCUGCGAUUAUCUUCUUCUUUUCUUGUUCUGUUCACGGCGGCGAAAUUCGGAUUAAGAUGUCAGUGCCCUUGUUGUUGUUGUCGAAAUGAAACUGCACACCACAGAGGAAGGGGCCCAAGAGAAGUUGAUGCACUCAGAUUAAACUCUUCUUCAGUUACUUCAGAGUAAAUUGGUUCCAGUUGUCGUACUAAAAUCCACAAUUUUGCAGUUAUGUGAAUAACUGGAAAAUUUAUCAGAGCAUAUUAUGAUUCUCGCUGUGAUUAUCUACUUUUCUUCUUCUGUGAACGGUGACCCAAAUUCAGAUUAAGAUGUCAAUGUCCUUGUUGUUGAUGUUAAAAAGAAACUGGAUCCCAUAGAAGAAGGGACUCAAGAGAAGUUGAUACUCUCAGACUAAAACUCUGCUUCAGUUCA